AUGGCUCUGAGUGAUGGUCCCAUAAGUAGUGAAGUGUUUACGAGGGAAUUUCUUGAUAAGUUCUUCCCAUGGGAUAAAAGAGUGGUAAAAGUUAAUGAGUUUAUCAAACUUCAUGAAGGAGGUAUGAAUGUUCAAGAAUAUUCUUUGAAAUUCACUAAGUUGUCUAAAUAUGCCUCUUCUUUGGUGAAUAAUUCAAGGGAUGAAAUGAACCACUUUGCGACAGGUGUUCCCGGUGAUCUUGUGGAAGAGUUUCGUGCAUCAAUGCUUUACAAUAACAUGGAUUUAUCUCGUUUAAUGGUGCAUUAUCAACAAGUUGAAGAGAGUAGACUUAAGAGGAAGAAUAGGGAGAUCAAGAGGCCAAGUCUCUUUGAAGGAGGUAUUUCUAAGGGUAUGUUUGAUAUCCAAGACAAACCAAAAUUUAAGAAAAGAUUCUCCAACCAUGCUCCUCAUAGUUUUCCAAAGGCUAGAAAGGAUAGGGUUUAUAAACCUAGGCAUCAAGGGGAAAAAAGUGGUGAUUCACAAAAUGAGAAACCAAAUUGUGCCUAA